AUGUUUCAAUGGUCGAUUAUUUCGUUUUUAGUUAUUUUAAUAAAAUCAUUUGAAGUUAAUACAAUAGAUAAUCUAUGUAAUUAUAUAGUUAGUAAAUCAGAUAGUAGUUUUAAUAUAUGUCUUAGUGAUCAAUGUAAUAAAUAUAUGGAUCCAUAUGAAAUUAUGGUUAAACCAAAUAAUUGUAAAACAGAAUUACUUUAUUUAUCAUUUUCAUCAUAUAAAAAUUUUAGUUUAUUUGUAAACCGAAUUCAGUGGAAAUUAGGUGAUUUAUUUCCAUCAAAAUUAAAUAAUCAAAUUCGUUUAUUAAGAAUAUUUAUUAAUUAUAUAGAUAAUGAUGAUCAACCAACUGAUCAUAAUGAAUUGAUUCGUUUAGGUGUUUAUAUUGAUUUAUAUGAACUAUUUAUUAAAAAUAUGACAAAUAAUAAUAAACUUCAUGGAUUUAUACAUUAUGAUCAAAAUUAUCCUCAAUGGUUUAUUGUCAAAGUUGAAUUUAUUUGUAAUUCCUUAAUGGUAUAUCAAGAAAAUCGAUGUUCAAUUAAAAUUCUUCCUCCAUCACCAUUUGCCCCUCAACGUCCUUUAUUUACAAAAGAAAAAGAAAAUCUUCUAUCAACUAAUUUUGAAUAUUCUUCAUUGAUAUCUUCUACUAAUCAAAAAUUCUAUAGAAAUAAUCAUGAAUUCACGAAUUUAUUAUUAGCUAUAUUAAUACCAAUAUUAAUAGCAUUGUUUUUAUUGAUUGGUUUAAUAUUAAUUUAUGAAAAAAUUCUUAUUAAACAAUGUUCAAAUAUGGAUUUAACAAAACCCAGUACACCUUCAUGUUCAUCGAUUCCCAGUUUAUCAAAUGAUGUUCAAAUGAAUAAUAGUUCAAUUAUUGCAGAGAAUGUUCAUCAUAUGGAUCAAACGCAAAACCCUAUAAAAUCUCUCGGUUACCAUCACCACACAAAGAAUCAAUUUACAAAUAAACGCAAUGAUAUUUAUGAAAGAAUUAGUUUAGAUAAUCAUUCUUUAUUUGGACAACAACAUUUUACGCCAAUAUCAUCUUCAUUUCGUUUUUAG